UAAUUGACCCACCGCCCGGGUAUAUCCGAGGUCAGUGCAUAUGAUGCGCUGACCCAUAUCUGGGUCACGUCGGUGAGCCGUGCCGGCCCGUACACAGUACAUAGGCUCACACGGAGCAUUUUUGAUGAAAGUUGAAGUGCUGUGUCAGUGACUCCCACACAAUCUGCUGGCAUCAUGCUUUGGACACAAAAAGCCUUACUGGCCAUACUUAUUCUGGCCGGCUGCAUGCUGCCGAGUCAGCAGCAGGCUAGGAAGGCCAGCCCCGUCGUCGACGUGCAGGACCCCAAGGAGUUCAAGAAGCUGCUCAAGACGACGCCGAACGUGCUCUGUCUGUUCGUCAAGAGCGCCGGCGUGGCCAAGGAGAUGAAGCGUGUGGUGGGCCUGACGGCCGAACAGGUCAAGGGCGUCGGCUCGGUGUUCUACGUCGACUGCAGCGGCGAGGGCCGCAAGAUCUGCAAGAAAUACAAGGUGGCGCCGGAGCCGGCGGCGCUGAUACACUACAAAGACGGCGCCUUCCACAAGGACUACGACCGCAAGAUGACGGUAACGUCGAUGGUGAACUUCAUGCGGGACCCGUCCGGCGACCUGCCCUGGGAGGAAGACGCCACAGCGGAGGACGUGGUUCACCUCAGUAACGCUCAGGCGCUGGCCGGCCUGCUGCGCCGCGAGGACAGGGCGCUCGUCAUGUUCUACGCUCCCUGGUGCGGAUUCUGCAAACGGAUAAAGCCCGAGUACGCGGCAGCGGCCACGGAGACGCGAGACAAACACGUGUUUGCCGCUAUUGACGUCAACCAGCCGGAGAAUUACGGCGUGCGGCAAAAGUACAAUAUCACCGGCUUCCCCACGCUUCUCUACUUUGUGAAGGGCGACGUAAAGUUCACGUAUGACGGAGAGUACAAUAAGGACGGUCUGAUGAAGUUUAUGGAUAGCCCCGGCCAGGCGGCGCCCAAGCCCAAAGAGGAGGUCUGGGCCGACACUCCGAGCGACGUGGUCCAUCUCACCGACAACAACUUUGACGACUUUGUCAAGGCCAACCCGUCCGUCCUGGUGAUGUUUUACGCGCCCUGGUGCGGACACUGUAAGCGGAUGAAGCCCCAGUACGAGGAGGCGGCAGCUGCCAUGAAGAAAGACGGCAAGUCGGGCGUUCUGGCCGCCCUGGAUGCCACCGAACACAAGGUGAUUGGCAGUCGGUACGACAUCAAGGGCUACCCGACCGUCAAGUACUUCCGCGACGGUGAGAUGGCCUUCGACCUGAACGUGCGCGACAAAGACAAGAUCCUCGAGUUCAUGGCAGACCCUCAGGAGCCGCCGCCGCCGCCGCCGCCCGAGACGCCCUGGUCGGAGGAGACGUCCGACGUGCAGCACCUCACCGACCAGACGUUCAAGGCGUUCCUCAAGAAGAAGAAGCACGUUCUGGUGAUGUUUUACGCGCCCUGGUGCGGCCACUGCAAGAAGGCCAAGCCCGAGUUCAGCGCGGCGGCUGCGGAGUUCAGUGACGACCCCAAGGUGGAAUUCGCGGCGGUGGACUGCACAGUCGAAACGGCUGUCUGCAAUGCCAACGACGUCAAGGGCUACCCCACGAUGAAGUACUACAACUAUUUCAAGACGUCGAAGCCAUAUGACGGCGGCCGGACGAAAUCGGACUUUGUCAAGUUCAUGCGCGACCCUAGCAACCCUCUGUCGGCCGCACCGCCGGCGCCCGCCCCGGAGGAGGAGUGGGGCGACCUACCGGGCGCCGAGCACCUCAAGCACCUCACGGACGCCGGGUUCGACCAGGCGGCGCGACAGGCAGACCCCAUGCUCGUCAUGUUUUAUGCGCCCUGGUGCGGUCACUGUAAGCGGAUGAAGCCCGCUUAUGCGGAGGCGGCGGCGCGCCUCGCCAAGUCCGGCCAGGCGGGUGUGGUGGCCACAGUAGACGCGACAGUGCAGCGGGGACUCCAGGACCGAUUUGACAUCCGGGGCUUCCCGACAAUCAAGCUGUUCCGCGGCGGCCAGGUGGUAGCUGACUAUAACGGUGAGCGCACAGCGGACGCGCUCUUUUCAUACAUGCGCUCACCGCCGGGCGCGCCCAAAACAGAGCUCUGACGGACGCAGGUCAGAUACUGUUUCCGCGGCUGACCGCUAGAGGCGCUGCACACCGCCCGUCAGGGGCGCUGUCGGCGCUCGCUCGCUUUCUAACGCUCUUUUUUGGAACAAAGCUCGACAUCCCGUGAGAACGCUUAGGCGCGUGAUAAGACUGCCUGCGGCCCGGAUCGACUGUGCUGUGUUGUUAUAACUGUGUGACUGUGUAGCCGCAGUUUGCUUGGCAUUCCGAGCGGAGGGUUCAACUGGUACAAUUUACAAUAGUGCUGGCGUGAUUCCACUGGCGUGGCGUUGUUACAAACGUCCAAUCCAGAGACGAUCUCCGCUUUCCAGCAGUGGUUGUUGCCGACAAACUAGGCGAAUGUCGCGCCGCCGAUGCCAAGCCGAGCCGCCGCCGCGCCGCCCGUCACCCCGCCCCGCCGGUCCCGCCGCCGAGCCGGGCCGCCGCCCGCCCAGCGGCCACCUGUCGCCGCGCAUGGCUUUUUCUGAGACAGAAGCAAUGGGCCAUAUCGACGCCGCGAACGGUGGACUGGCGUCCCCCUGUGACCCUGCGACCCGGCUGACCUGUCACCUGUUCCGAAUGGGGCCGGCGGGGCCCCGAGCCUGGGAACUAAGAGGGCGGGCGAGGGGACGCGGCGUGCCUGCCGCCUUUUUUGUGUGUAAUGUCAUGACCCCUGUAUCGCAUGACAUUCUUGGCCGUGUAUUUGAACCGAUACCGGGCUCUGCUCGGUCUCACUUCACUGUUAGUCGCCGACGAGCUCACUUCGCUCUCAAACGCGGACGGCGGCGCUCUGCUGCCGCUCACGUCUAACUUUUCUAACUACUGUGUCUGUGCUGUACUGCUGCCAUCUCGCCGUCUUCGGUCAAUAGCGAACUCUUCUAUUUAGAA